AUGAAGAGCUGUCUGAAAUCCCCACCGCUGUCGCCGGAGCAGAGUCCGCCAUCGUCACCCAGCGGCUCAGGCUCGCCCUUGCGGUAUCUGCGCCCUCACCCACACAAGACGGUGUCGUUCUGCUCUGAAGACUGUCUGGAGGAGGUGUUCGUCGCGGACGAGUGGGAUCGGUCGCCCGCGCCAGUGACGCCGCGACUGUCGUAUCAAGACGUCCUCGAGUUGAAGCAGCUUCGGCUCUCCCUUCCCCGUACGCCCCCAUCCCCUUCCUUCCGCCAACCCUUCACCACCUCCCUUCCCGACGCCUACGCGUCUUCGUCCUCGGAAAAUUCAGAUUCGUGCUCUGGUCUGUCUAGCGCAUCGUUCCCGGUCUCGCGGCUCGCCUCCCAACCAUCGCAGACACCAUCUCGUUGGAAGAACCGUCCCCAGCCACCCAUUGACCCCGACAUCCUCCCCUACCUCGACGCAGUCCCUAUCCGCCUCCUGCCCCUCCUCGACGCUUACUCGCCUACUCCAGAGCCCGAUACCGUCCCUACAUCCGCCCCGGUAUCCACGUGCCCCGAUCGAAGCGCUUCUUCCUUUCAGCCCCUAUCCGUCCCUCCGCCCCAAGUACCACCACCACGCAUUCCCCCCGCCAUCCACGUACCCACCUUGCCCCAAGAGCCAACGCGGCCAGCCUCGCCGUCCGAUUCGCCCACCACUCCAACGAGUGUACUCCCGCCCCCGCGACGCACUCUCAACUUCGCGUUCCUCCCUCUGCUCCCCGUUGAUCCCUCCCCUCCCGUACCCCUGCCUGUGCUCACACUUGAACAGACACCCAAACCGAAGCGUUUGUUCAACAUGACGUUCGUGACCCUCGCUGCGCCUGUCGAGCCCUCUAUUUCGUCCACGCCUGAGGUGCCCCCAUUUGUUUUCCCGCCAUCAUUAGAAACAUCCGCUUCUAACCCGCCCUCGCCGAUCCCCACCGCACGGGUCCCGCUGAUGCUGACGCUCCCACCCCAGCCCAGGUCCACCGCGCCAACGCCGCUGCUCUCGCCGUCUUCCCCUGACGUGGAUGCAGACACCGAUUCCACCGUCGAUACGGACACAGAGAGCGACGCACCGAGCACGGGCACGGCGGAAAGCAUCCCGUCCCCCACCGAGUCUGAGCCCGUGCCGUUUCCGACAGUCGAGGACGGCUACUUCGCGUACGCGCUGCAGGAGCUGCGACUCGGGGACGCUGGGGAGAAACUAGGACUUGGUGACGUGGAGGACGAGGGUGGGAAGCGGCGAACGCCUGCGCCCGGCCCCGGGACAACGCCGCCACUGUCGGCGCUGUAUCCCUCCCCCCGCUCGCAGGCGCAGCACCUGCGCGCGAUCACAAGCGCUGCGCUGAUCCCGCCGUCGCCGUUCUCGCUUGGUGCGCCGGCGAUGAUGAGCAAGCGCAUGUGGGGGUGGCGGUUGAAGGGGGAGGACCGGGUGCAGGAUGAUGAAGAGGGUGAGGAGGGGAUAGGCGGGGAGGACAGAGAAUGCAUGAUACCGCCGAGCAUUACGCGCCGAUCGAGGCAGGUGGAUGUGGGCGUGCGCGCGUAG